UCUUGUAGUAAUGCUGACAAAGAACCCAGGAAUCUAGCUCUUCUGAUCCCAUUUCCUUCAUGACUAUAACCGAAGAAGAAGAAAUCAAGAAAGCCAGGAAAACAGGGGUUCAGACAUGAACGCAAAAGUGGGGCUGAUGGGGCCAACCUCCGCUAAGAACCAGGAGCAAAUUUCCUUCAACUUUGCUUCAGUUCGGUUACAGCAAGGCCCCUAUUUUUAACCGAUUCUGCAGUCUCAACACGUGUAUAGUCCAUGCUUAUGGCGUUCUCUGACAAAUUUAUAAUGGAUAACUAACACACCUCAGAGAUGGUACUAUGGUAUGAUACUACUAGUUUUGUGCAGUAGGGUGUGGCUGCUGCUGCCGCUUCUGCUCUAGGUUUCCACCGAAAUCUCGGGGCUUAUAUUUCCAGGGAUUGAAGAGAAAUUUACUCCCUUUUCCUUCUCAUUCUUGGCUAUUCUUGCGGUUGGAAAUUCUUUGACAAAAUCAAUUGUGUACGAAUGCCUAAUUUUGGCAAAUAGAUUCCAGCUUACACUCAAUUCUUGGCUUUCAGAGAAGAGGCAAAAUCAUACUGUUGAGUAAUGGACGGAAAAGGGAUAUCAAGAUCCAUUAUGGUUUUUUCUGAAGAGAAAAAUGAGAACUUGUAUCCUAAGUUUUUUGGCGUCUCCUGUGCGUUUUUUGCCCUUAGAAUCUUGUCGGAGCCUAAAUUGUCCUCUGAACAAUGGUCAGACAUUAAAAAUGGGAUGCUUCAAGGAAGUGCUUACCUUCUGGGAUUGUUUGUUUGGAGGGCCCAGAAGGACGAAGCCGGGAAUGAUAAAUCAGAGCUUCGCCAGAAGCUUGAGAAUGCACAGGGAGAGAUUGAAGAGUUGAAAAAUAGAAGACGUGAGGACGCAAAGGCAAAUGAGAAAGUAGUAGGCAUCUUUGCUGCACAGGAACAAGGCUGGUUCAAUGAGAGGAAGAAGCUUAGACAACAAAUUGGGGGUCUUAUGAACGAAUUAAGAAUUUCUGAAACUAAUAAGGAUAAAGCUCUUUCUGAUUUGAAGGGAAAGCUGCAGGACAAUGAACUGCUAUUGAAGUCUAAGGAUAAGAUUCUCAAGGAAGAAGAGCAGAAGAGGCAGGAUCUUGAAGAAAAACUGAAGAAUGCUGAGAGUACUAUAGCAGAAUUCAGAGAAGCUGCAAAGCAGGAAAAUCAACGGCACUCCAAUGAGAUUUCAAAACACAAGACUGCCUGCAUUGAGCUUGUCUCAAACCAGAGACAGCUUGAAGCAGAGAUGGGUCGGGCUCUUAGGCAAAUUGAAUCAUUGAAACAGGACCGUGAUAUAAUUCUGGAGCAAAAGGAGCAGUCACUGUUGAUGACUCAAAAGCUAUCCCUCGAGCUUGUCAAAAUGCGAAGGGAUAUGGAACAGAAAGACCAAAUUCUGUCCGCCAUGCUAAGAAAAUCUAAAUUGGAUACAACAGAGAAACAAAUGCUUUUAGAGGAAGUAACAUUGUCAAAGGCAAAAAGAAAGCAGGCUGAGCUAAAAACAGAGAGGUUAAAGACAGAUUCUGAGCCUAGGCGUGACAGGUAUUCCCUAAGAAGUAUGCUUUCUAAACAUGCAAAUACAAAGGCAGAUGCUGUUUCUGGAAGAAAAGGGGUUCAUUCAAAUGCAAUGAUGGCAUCAAACAUGGAAAGGCCUACAACACACCAAAUGAAUUAUCUUGUUGAGUAUGAGCAACCUGGAUUCAGGGAAGGAAUAGAAGCUUUUUCACCUCUGUCGGAUCGCUACUUAUCUGAGGGAAUUCAAGAUACAACUGACUUUCACCAGUUGGAGGGUUGGGUUCGAUCUCAAGCUGAGAAGUAUAGAACUGCUAUUGAUCAGAGGCAUCAACUUGAGAUAGAUGCUUUUGCAGAACAACUUAGAGUCAAAGAUGAGAAGUUAGAAGCUUUUCGCUGGCGUUUAUUGAGUAUGGAACUUGAGUCAAAGAGGCUGCAAUCCAUUAUUGAGGGGCUUGAUAAUGACUUAUCACAACUCAAACAAGCUAAUAUGAAGUUGGAAGUUGUACUGUUGAACCGAGAAGCAGAAUUACAAUCCCUGAAGGAGAAGUUGGCAUUGCGGAUGGAAAAUCAUCCUAACAGCCAAAGGAUCUCCUCAAAUGCUUAUCCGCAUGAUCUUACAUUAGCCUAUGAUACCAUUUGGUCAAAAGUGAAGAUAGUAAAGAGAAGACCAGGGGAGGAUGUGCAGGAGUCAAAGACAACCGCAGAGAGAAAUUACCAACCGGCAGAAGAAGAGAAGCAAGAGAAAUCUUCUGCUAAUUACCCGAGCAAAGAUAUAGUUUUGACACUCCAACCUCCACAAGUGGAACUUGAAGAAGAGUUAGGUGAUGCAAUUGAUCAAGAUUCCAUUCAAGAGCAAUCUUCUAGUUCACAAGGUGCUGAAAAAGCUGAAGCAUCGCAAUCAGCAGUCAAGUGCUUAACAAACAAGAUUAAUUCUUCAUGGAAAAUGGAUCUUCAUGCUCUUGGAGUCUCAUACAAGAUCAGAAGGCUGAAGCAGCAGUUGCUCAUGCUUGAGAGAUUGACUGGAAAGCGAGAGUGUCAUGAAAGCAGUGAUAGCAGUAACAAUGGACAAAUUAACAAAAAUGUUUUUUGUGCUCUAAUGUCCUUGCUCAACAAACAGGUUGGUCGGUACCAAUCCCUCCAGGGGAAGACUGAUGAUCUAUGCCAGCGAAUGCAUGAAAACAGCUUAUAUGUGAGAGGUGGAGAUCUGAAUACUGCAAAAACAAGGGAGGAAAUUCGAUUGCUCGAGCAACAUCUUGAAGAGACAUUUCACCUCCAGAGAUAUAUGGUUGCUACAGGACAGAAGUUGAUGGAAUUACAAGCCAAGAUUGCUUCUGGAUUUCUUAGUGCAGUUGAAGAGUUCGAGACACCUGCUAGCUUUGACAUGAAGAGGUUUGCUGAUAAUAUCAAAACACUCUUCCGAGAAGUCCAAAGAGGUCUUGAAAUUAGGAUAUCUCGAAUUAUUGGAGAUCUAGAAGGCACUCUUGCUUGUGAUGGUAUCAUACACUUUAAAAAGUAGUGAAGGAGAGUUUUAGGAAAGUUCUUAAAGUUUUUUCUUACUUCUUUCUUUUUUAGUGUCUUUUUCCGAAUUUAGCACUGCUGAGCAAAUCUGUACAGAAAUCACUACGUGAAAU